AUGAAUGAUCAAAUAAAGUUUGAGCGGGAGCGGUUAUUGGAAAUGCAGGAUGUCAUGACGCGGCAGCUUGAGCAGCAGUCUGCAAUUGAAAAAAGCAUAAGUGCUAUGCAGCAACAAGCAAACGAACACAAAUAUGAAGUUGUGUCUUUAAAGUCAGUACAAGAUCUUAACGAAAAACUAUCGGAUGAGUUAACAGUAGUGCGUCAAAAAAUGCACGCAAAUGUGCAAGCAAGUGUUAUGGCAAUAAUGACCCUUCAGGGAAAGAUUGAAGAAUCCGUGCGGGCAUUGGCUCUUAAAGGAGAAAAUAAUUUAUCUACAAGUACCAAUACCGAAUUGAAUGCCAAUUCGGAUAUUAGGGUUCCUGUUCACGCUUUACCUACUGAAGAGGAAUUAAUCAUUCAUGAAAGAUUGCUACAUCAAUUUUUUGUUCUUGUGCGUCCAACGACAGUGAGUGGUAGUGAUCUUUUACAUCGUUUCCGUAGCAAUCUAGGCGAGCUGUACACUGCCAUAUCUAUGAAGUAUAACUUGGGUCGUGGCCUCAUGUAUGAGUCCGUGUACGGAUACCUGCAUACGCAUCUCCCCCAUUUGGCACCUGCGACACCAGUCAUUUGCUUUUUACAUGAUGGGCAUGAAGUGGAGUACCUGGAACUGAUUACCCUUGAUAUUCUUGGGUUGACUGUGCGAUCACCUUCAACGUGGCUUGAAGUCAGGCUUCCUGGAAGCCACAAAAGGUCUUUUUACUACUUUUCUUCUUUGGUAGGUCUCAGCCAGCGUGAGAGGCCCAAGUGGGUGGGAGUCCUUAACGUGGAAAUUGGUGUAUGCCGCAUCUCUGAUUUUUGUAGUAUUUGUCCCCGGUUGUCUCUACGAAAUCCGGAGUGGGCAAACAACGAUGCUCCAUAUACUAAAUUACUCCAAAGUAAAGUGGUAUCACUUGUUUUAUCCAGGCGGCCCGACCUUCAAGGUUCCAUUGACGUUAUCUUAAAUUCAUACGCUGGUAGAGAGGAAACACUCUUGAAACAUUUGUGCGUACGCCAGUAA